ACGUCCAUAAUAUAAUAUUAACGGUAUUACGAAGUUUCGUAUAAACCUGCAAAGUACGACAAUCUUAUACAUAUAAUGAACAUAAUGAAAGUAUUAAAGCUUUCUUAAAGGUGCAUUUAGACCGAGCGAUCGAAUACUCUUUUCCCAUUUCAGCAAAAUUCAAUAAAUGUAAACAUUGCUCAUCGAAUCAGUUCGACGCAAUAUAAUUUGGCACGAUUUAUGAGAAUUCGAGUCGAUCUGAUUUAGUUCGAUGCAAUUUCGAUUCGACUCGUUUUGCGAUUCAAUUCGAUAUGAUUCGAUUUACCACAAUUUACUUUACCCUGUUUCAAUUCAAGUUCGAAUGCUCGGUUUAAACUACACAAACAUUCGCUCGUAUUCAAACACUUGGUAUGAACGAAUGCUCUAGCUCGUUCAGUCUAAACGCACCCUAAGAAUUUUUAAUUUUAAAGCAGUGUCUUGACGUUGGACGCGUAUCGAACGAUUAUAAAAAUACAUAUUACUUCCGGUAUUUCAAAUACCGCGUGUGCGUAACAUACAAUAUAAAAUGUGCAAAAGGUAACUGUUCGAAAAAAAGAUCGAGUAUCGAUGAAGGAAUAGUAAGAUCAGAAGGGGGACCCAUCUUCAACAGAAUUAAUGAAUGAUUCGUUUCGUUGCUUAAAAUUCUGCAAGUAUGAACUUGCAGUUUCCGAUCAGCGUAGUGACGUGAAGUUUUCAACGUGUCGCUAUUGUGCAUUGUGUGCCCGCCGCCACCGUCGCGACUGCCGUGAAGUGCGCAUCGUUAGUACCGAGUUGUGUGUACAUAUAAAUGGCGGCUGACGAAAAAUGGUACUUUACGAAAGAACAGCUUACAAACACGCCGAGCAGAAGAUGCGGCAUCGACGCGGAUAAGGAACUGAGCUACCGGCAGCAGGCAGCGAAUUUCAUUCAGGAUAUGGGACAGCGGCUCGUGGUGUCACAAUUAUGUAUCAACACAGCAAUAGUGUAUAUGCACAGAUUCUAUGUAUUCCACUCGCUGUCACAUUUCCACAGGAAUGCAAUUGCGGCAGCAGCAUUAUUUUUAGCAGCAAAAGUGGAAGAACAACCACGCAAGUUAGAACAUGUUAUCAAAAUGGCACAUAUGUGUCUUCACAGAGAUCAGCCCCCACCUGACAUCCGGUCUGAGCAAUACCUUGAGCAAGCUCAGGAUCUGGUAUUCAAUGAAAACGUCCUACUGCAAACAUUGGGGUUUGAUGUCGCCAUUGAUCAUCCCCACACACAUGUUGUUAGAUGUUGUCAACUGGUUAAAGCGAGCAAGGACUUAGCCCAGACUUCAUACUUCAUGGCAUCUAACAGGUGGCUACACAUUAUUUCCUAGUAUCUCUUACUCUUAGCAGUCUUCUGGUCAAAUAGAUGCCAGCUGGAGCAUAUUUCCAAGCUAAGACUGUCAGGCAAUAGCCAC